UUCUCCAAAUCUCUCUCUUUCUCUCUCUCUCUCGCUGACAUGGGUGCCUGCCUCUCUACACAGUCUCCGGCGGCGGCGGCCGCCGGAACGCCACCGGACGGAGUGGCCUCAUCCCGUUGUGUCUUUGGCUCCAAGGAGGAGAAGAGGAGGAAGCUGAAGCAGAAAAGAGAGAAAGAAAAUGGAGGCUUGUUUGAGAGGAGAUUGGUGGCUGGUUCCGGUGUAGGUCGAGAAAUGUCGGAGGAGGAGCUCCAUGAUACGCCGGGGAGGAUGUUCCUUAACGGGGCUAGUGAGGUCGCUUGCUUGUUUACACAGCAGGGGAAGAAGGGAACCAAUCAGGAUGCUAUGAUUGUCUGGGAGAAUUUUGCUUCAAGAAGUGACACCAUCUUCUGUGGAGUUUUUGAUGGCCAUGGUCCAUUUGGUCAUAUGGUAGCAAAGAAGGUCAGAGAUUCACUUCCACUCAAGUUGUGUGAACAAUGGAGAGCUAAUAGCAGCAGCAUCAACAGCCCUCAACAAAAUGGCAGUGCACAUGGAAGUAUGAAUUCUGUUCAAAUAGCAUCUAUUGAUGAUCAAUGGGGUGAAUCUUUUGAUGUUGAUGAGAACGGAAAGCUACCUGAGGCAUUUUCGUCGCUCAAACAGUCUUUCUUAAAGGCUUUUAAGUUAAUGGAUAUAGAACUAAAACUUCACCCAUCAAUUGACUGUUUUUGCAGUGGGACUACUGCUGUUACUGUAUUGAAGCAGGGUCACAAUCUUGUCAUUGGAAAUGUUGGAGACUCAAGAGCAGUAAUGGGCACACGAGACAAAGACAACAAAUUGGUUCCUGUGCAAUUGACUGUUGAUUUGAAGCCCAACCUUCCCAGAGAAGCUGCUAGAAUUCAGCAAUGCAGAGGAAGAGUGUUUGCCUUGCAGGAUGAACCAGAAGUUGCUCGUGUGUGGUUGCCGAACAAUGACUCACCUGGAUUGGCCAUGGCUAGGGCAUUUGGAGAUUUCUGCCUAAAAGAUUAUGGGUUAAUUUCAGUUCCUGAUAUUUCAUAUCGGGAACUCACCGAAAAAGAUGAAUUUGUGGUUCUUGCAACUGACGGGAUAUGGGACGUUCUUUCAAACAAAGAUGUGGUGGAUAUAGUGUCUGCAGCACCGAGCCGUUCAACUGCUGCCAGAGCUCUUGUAGAUUGUGCUGUCCGGACCUGGAGACUCAAAUUCCCCACAUCAAAAAUUGAUGACUGCGCCACUGUGGUUCUGUUCUUAGAUGUGCCCUUCUCAUCAGACCAACCAGAGGGAUGUACCUCUGAAAAUCCACAGAUAGAUUCAGCUCCAGCAGAUUCAUCGAUCUCGAGCUUGACAAAAGAAGAAACAUCCAAUGAGGAAGAUGUUCAAGUAUCAGUCACUAGCGAAGCUAAUGCAUCUGCUUCCACAUUAGGAAAUCCACAAAAUGCUUGCAACACCAAUGAGAUCAUGCCGGAACCUAAGGAGCCAAAGUUAGAAAAGGCUCCUGAUCGGUGCCAAUCCACACGCAGCCUUGCUGAUUGCAUAUCUACUGCAGAAGAGGAAGAAUGGACUGCUCUUGAAGGUGUCACCAGAGUAAACUCUCUGCUAAACCUCCCGAGAUUCCUAGUGAGUGACGAUAAAUCUCCAAACCGGAAGACUCCAAAAUGGAAGAAGUGGUUAUAGAUAGCCACAAGCACAUUCAAGAUUCAUCCAUUCUGUAUAAAUUCGAAGCUGCAGUUGAAAAUCUUGCUUCUCUUUCUGAUGGCCAUUCUUCUUGUUUUGUUUGUUUAUUGUUUAAGUUAAUGUUGUUCUUGUGCCUGUAGAGAUCCAUUUGGAAAACUUUCUUUGAUUUUGUAGGCUUUUUGUUCCCUGAAGUGUUAGCUUCUCAGGUGUCUCAGCGUAUUAUGUAUAAAUUGUUUUGUUUUGUUCCAAAAGCUGCCUGUGAAAUUGUUCUUAAAUCUCUUAAUUGUAAGGAAUACUGUUCUAUCUAGUUAUUUAA